AUGCAUUUUAAUAUUUUGUUGGGGAUAGAUAAUUUUAACAAUUUUAACAAUUUUAACAAUUCUGUCAACUUUGUCAACUUUGUCAACUUUGUCAACUUUGUCAACUUUGUCAACUUUGUCAACUUUGUCAACUUUGUCAACUUUGUCAACUUUGUCAACUUUGUCAACUUUGUCAACUUUGUCAACUUUGUCAACUUUCAACUUUAA